AUGAAAAAUUUAUCUCAAUUUCUAUUUGUAAUAAUAUUUAUAUUAUUUUUAAAUAGAAAUGUUGAGUCUAGUAUAUUUCCUAUUAUAAACAAUGGUGUUUUUGAUCAAUAUAGUUCAGCAACAUCAUUUGUAUAUUCAAAUAAGAGUAGUGUCCCACAUACAUCACCAGGAGAUGGAAAACCUUAUGCAGGAAUGAAUGGUUACAUUACAAUUAAUAGCGAAGCAUUUAUUCCACCAAAUAGUGAUGAUAAUAAUAGUAAUAGUAAUAAUAAUAAUAACAAUAACAAUAAUAGUAAUGGUAAUUCAAAUGAACCAUACAUUAAUUUCUUAUUAUAUAGAAUGAAUGAAGUUAAAUAUAUAGGUGAUGUAAGUGGCACUGUAUGUUGUACACUUGAAUUAUCAAAGAGUAAACAAUGCGAAUAUGGUACUGUUUUCAUACAAGAUUCAACAUAUACCACUGAUGACACCAAUAAGAACUACACAUUAAUAAUCAAUCAUAAAACAAGUACUGGUGAUGGUGGCAGUGAUAAUACUGAUGGUUCUCAUGUUUAUGGUAUUACAAUCGUACCAAAAUUACAAUCAUUCCCAAUCUCAAUAACAAUACCAAUUGAUCAAACUGGUUUAUAUAGUUUAAUCGUUACAACUUGUAAACCUGCUUCAACAAAUAUUGAUUCUCCUUUCACUGUUGAUGCUGAUUUAAUCUUUAUGAAUCCAUAUGGUUAUUUAACUGGUGAUAAAUAUCCAUUCUUAUAUUUUAAUUUAAUAUUAUCAGCAUUUUAUGUUGGAUUAUUUAUAAUGUGGGCAGUUUUAUUUCUCAAAUUUAAAGAUACAGCACUCAGAAUCCAAUAUUGGAUUAGUUUAGUUAUUUUAUUAGGUUUCUUAGAAUCUUUAACAAAUUAUUUCACCCUUAGUUCAAUCAAUAAAAUUGGUCAUUUCUCAAAUGCUGGUGUAUUUUUCGUUACUUUAUUUGGUACUUUAAAGAGUGGUUUUGCAAGAUCAUUAGUUGUUUUAGUUUCAUUAGGUUAUGGUGUAAUGGUACCAAGAUUACCAAAACCAACAAUUAUCAAAUUAUCAGUUAUAACAGUAGUUUAUUUAUUAAUUAAAGGAGCACAAAAUUAUGUAUAUAAUUCACCAACUCAAACUAAUAGUACACAAAUAUCUUUCAUUUAUUUAACAUUACCAGUUUCAGUAUUGGAUACAGUAUUUUAUUGGUGGAUUUUAACAUCAUUGACAGAGAUUAUGAAUAAUUUACAAACAAAGAAUCAAACAGCCAAAUUGUUAAUGUUUAGAUCAUUCAUUUGGGUAUUAUUAGGUAGCGCAGUUUGUUCAUUCAUUAUUCUUAUGGCAGAGAUUAUUGUCACUUGGGCAACCUCUUAUGAAUAUUCUGCUCAAACCAGUUGGGUCGUAGAAGUAUCUUGGGGUGUAAGUUACUUUGUAGUUUUAGUUUCAAUUUGUUGGAUUUGGAAACCAAAUGCAAAUAAUCAAAAGUUUGCCUACUCUGAAUUGGCUGAUCAAGAUGAUGAUAUAGGAUUAGAAUCCAUUGAUGGUCUAAGUCAUAGAGGUCACAAAAAUAAUACCAACAAUAACAAUGGAACUAGACAUGAUAUCAUUGAUAAUGAAAAUACUAUUGAAAGUAUUGAUGGUCAAGCAAAUACUUUUACAAUUCAAGAUGAAUAUGAAGAUCAAGAUUUACAUGAUGAAAAAGUUGAAAUUGCUGAUAUGUUCAAAAAUUUAUAA